AGACCUGACCGUGUUGAGAGACCUGACCGUGUUGAGAGACCUGAUCGUGUUGAGAGACCUGACUGUGUUGAGAGACCAGACCGUGUUGAGAGACCUGACUGUGUUGAGAGACCUGACUGUGUUGAGAGACCUGAUCGUGUUGACACAACUGAAUGUGUUGAGAAAAUUGAAUGUGUUGAAAGAACUAAACGUAUUGCGAGAACUGAAUAUGUUGAGAAAACUGAAUGUGUUGAAAGAACUAAACGUAUUGAGAAAACUGAAUGUGUUGAAAGAACUAAACGUAUUGAGAGAACUGAAUGUGUAUAGAGUACGGAACGUAUUGAGAGAACUGAAUGUGUUGAGAGAACUGAAUGUGUUGAGAGAACUGAAUGUGUUGAGAGAAUUGAAUGUGUUGAGAGAAUUGAAUGUGUUAAGAGAACUGAAUGUGUUAAGAGAACUGAACGUAUUGAGAGAACUGAAUGUGUUGAGAGACAUGAACGUAUUGAGAGAACUGAAUGUGAUGAGAGACAUGAACGUAUUGAGAGAACUGAAUGUGUUGAGAGAACUGAAUGUGUUGAGAGAACUGAAUGUGUUGAGAGAAUUGAAUGUGUUGAGAGAACUGAACGUAUUGAGAGAACUGAAUGUGUUGAGAGACAUGAAAGUAUUGAGAGAACUGAAUGUGUUGAGAGAACUGAAUGUGUUGAGAGAACUGAAUGUGUUGAGAGAAUUGAAUGUGUUGAGAGACAUGAACGUAUUGAGAGAACUGAAUGUGUUGAGAGAUCUGAAUGUGUUGAGAGAACUGAAUGUGUUGAGAGAAUUGAAUGUGUUGAGAGAAAUGAAUGUAUUGAGAGAACUGAAUGUGUUGAGAGAAUUGAAUGUGUUGAGAGAAUUGAAUGUGUUGAGAGAACUGAAUGAGUUGAGAGAACUGAAUGUGUUAAGAGAACUGAACGUAUUAAAAGAAUUGAAUGUGUUGAGAGAACUGAAUGUGUUGAGAGAAUUGAAUGUGUUGAGAAAACUAAACAUAUUAAGAGAAUUGAAUGUAGAACUAAACAUAUUGAGAGAAUUGAAUGUGUUGAGAGAACUAAACAUAUUGAGAGAAUUGAAUGUGUUGAGAGAACUGAACGUAUUGAGAGAAUUGAAUGUGUUGAGAGAACUAAACAUAUUGAGAGAACCGAAUGUGCUGAGAGACAUGAACGUAUUGAGAGAAUUGAAUGUGUUGAGAGAACUAAACGUAUUGAGAGAAUUGAAUGUGUUGAGAGACAUGAACGUAUUGAGAGAAUUGAAUGUGUUGAGAGAACUGAAUGUGUUAAGAGUAGAGCUGUACUGA